GCCGUUGUGUGUCUGUGUGUGUUUGAGUGUGAGUGUGUGUGUGCGCGGGGGCGCUGCGGGCACUCGGGGCCGCGUCGGGAGCAGCCCCCCGCGUCGGCGCGCACCCCGGAAGCCACAGGCGCGGCCCGCGGGCUGGGCGCGGGGCACGGACGCCCCCGGGGCCAUGUCGCGACCCAGCAACGUCUCCCCGAGGCCGCCCGCGCCCGGCGGUGGCGGCGGCGGCGGCGGCGGCCCGGGGGGCUGCGGCCGGGCCAAGGGGCUCAAGGACAUCCGCAUCGACGAGGAGGUGAAGAUCGCCGUCAACAUCGCCCUGGAGCGCUUCCGCUACGGGGACCAGCGCGAAAUGGAAUUUCCUUCUUCUUUUACCAGUACUGAAAGAGCUUUUAUUCAUCGACUGAGUCAGUCUCUUGGUUUGGUUUCUAAAAGCAAAGGAAAGGGAGCAAAUAGAUACCUAACUGUGAAGAAGAAAGAUGGAUCAGAAACAGCUCAUGCAAUGAUGACCUGUAAUUUAACUCAUAAUACGAAACAUGCUGUUAGGAGCCUAAUUCAGAGAUUUCCUGUCACGAAUAAAGAACGUACUGAACUUCUGCCUAAAACAGAAAGAGGAAAUGUGUUUGCAGUUGAAGCUGAAAACCGAGAAAUGAGCAAAACAAGUGGACGUCUCAACAAUGGUAUACCUCAGAUUCCAAUGAAAAGAGGAGAAUCCGAGUUUGAUUCCUUCAGGCAAUCUCUGCCAGUGUUUGAAAAACAAGAAGAAAUCGUUAAAAUAAUUAAAGAAAAUAAAGUAGUUUUGAUUGUAGGAGAAACUGGGUCUGGAAAGACUACUCAGAUUCCUCAGUUCCUUUUAGAUGAUUGCUUUAAAAAUGGUAUCCCCUGCCGGAUAUUUUGUACUCAGCCACGGCGAUUAGCAGCUAUUGCGGUUGCUGAAAGAGUUGCCGCAGAGAGAAGAGAAAGGAUUGGACAAACAAUUGGGUACCAGAUUCGAUUAGAAAGCAGGGUUUCUCCAAAGACACUUCUGACAUUUUGCACUAACGGGGUAUUGCUUCGUACAUUGAUGGCAGGAGAUAGUACAAUGUCAACUGUGACACAUGUUAUUGUGGAUGAAGUACAUGAAAGGGAUCGAUUUAGUGAUUUUUUACUUACAAAGUUAAGAGAUUUAUUGCAAAAGCACCCAACUUUGAAGCUAAUUCUUUCUAGUGCUGCCUUGGAUGUAAACUUGUUUAUAAGAUACUUUGGAAGUUGCCCAGUGAUAUAUAUACAGGGAAGACCAUUUGAAGUAAAAGAAAUGUUUCUGGAAGACAUCUUAAGAACUACUGGAUACACAAACAAAGAAAUGCUAAAAUACAAGAAGGAAAAACAGCGAGAAGAGAAACAACAAACCACACUUACAGAGUGGUACUCAGCUCAGGAGAAUGCUUUCAAGCCAGAGUCUCAGCGACAGAGGACUGUUCCAAAUGUGACUGAGGAAUAUGACUUACUAGAUGAUGGUGGGGAUGCCGUCUUCAGUCAGCUGACAGAAAAAGAUGUAAAUUGCCUUGAGCCAUGGUUGAUAAAGGAAAUGGAUGCUUGUCUUUCUGACAUAUGGCUACAUAAAGAUGUCGAUGCCUUUGCUCAGGUCUUCCACCUUAUUUUAACUGAAAAUGUUAGUGUUGAUUACCGACACAGUGAAACCAGUGCGACAGCUCUGAUGGUUGCUGCAGGCCGCGGCUUUUCAAGUCAAGUGGAGCAGCUAAUUAGCAUGGGAGCCAAUGUCCACAGCAAGGCCUCCAAUGGCUGGAUGGCUCUAGAUUGGGCUAAACACUUUGGGCAGACUGAAAUUGUGGAUCUUCUAGAAUCUUACAGUGCUUCAUUGGAAUUUGGCAAUCUCGAUGAAAGUUCUCUGGUUCAAACAAAUGGAAGUGACCUCAGUACCGAAGACAGAGAGCUCCUAAAAGCCUAUCAUCAUAGUUUUGAUGAUGAAAAAGUAGACUUGGAUUUGAUCAUGCAUCUUUUGUAUAACAUAUGCCAUAGUUGUGAUGCAGGUGCAAUACUAAUUUUCCUACCUGGAUAUGAUGAAAUUGUUGGACUGAGAGAUCGCAUCUUGUUUGAUGACAAGCGGUUUGCAGACAACACACAUAGGUAUCAGGUCUUUAUGCUUCAUUCAAAUAUGCAAACAUCUGAUCAAAAGAAAGUAUUAAAAAACCCACCUGCAGGUGUUCGAAAAAUAAUUCUGUCCACUAAUAUUGCUGAAACUAGCAUUACAGUCAAUGAUGUGGUCUUCGUUAUUGACUCUGGUAAAGUGAAAGAGAAAUCCUUUGAUGCAUUGAAUUUUGUUACAAUGCUAAAAAUGGUGUGGAUUUCCAAAGCUAGUGCCAUACAAAGGAAAGGCAGGGCAGGGCGAUGUCGCCCUGGGAUCUGUUUCCGCCUCUUCAGUAGACUUCGUUUCCAGAACAUGUUGGAAUUUCAGACUCCAGAACUUUUGAGAAUGCCAUUACAGGAGCUUUGUCUGCAUACCAAGCUACUAGCCCCGGUCAACUGUCCUAUUGCUGACUUCCUCAUGAAAGCGCCCGAGCCGCCGCCAGCCUUGAUCGUGAGGAAUGCCGUGCAGAUGCUGAAGACGAUCGAUGCCAUGGAUGCCUGGGAAGACCUCACUGAGCUCGGAUACCACUUGGCCGACUUGCCGGUGGAGCCGCAUCUCGGGAAAAUGGUCCUGUGCGCGGUUGUCCUGAAGUGUCUGGACCCGAUCCUGACGAUUGCCUGCACGCUGGCCUACCGGGACCCUUUCGUGCUGCCUACCCAGGCCUCUCAGAAGCGCGCUGCCAUGCUCUGUAGGAAGCGUUUCACUGCGGGAACUUUCAGUGACCAUAUGGCACUUCUCAGAGCAUUUCAGGCAUGGCAGAAAGCACGAAGUGAUGGGUGGGAGCGAGCCUUUUGUGAAAAGAAUUUUCUUUCACAAGCUACAAUGGAAAUAAUCAUAGGCAUGAGAACUCAGCUACUUGGUCAGCUUAGAGCAUCAGGUUUUGUCAGAGCGCGAGGUGGAGGUGACAUUCGAGACGUGAACACAAACUCUGAGAACUGGGCCGUUGUGAAGGCCGCUCUGGUAGCUGGCAUGUACCCCAACCUGGUCCACGUGGACCGGGACAACAUGGUACUCACGGGGCCAAAGGAGAAGAAAGUGCGCUUUCACCCCACCUCGGUGCUCAGCCAGCCUCAGUACAAAAAGAUUCCUCCAGCCAAUGGUCAAGCAGCAGCAAUCCAGGCGCUGCCCACAGAUUGGCUGAUUUAUGAUGAAAUGACCAGAGCUCAUAGAAUAGCUAAUAUACGGUGCUGCUCUGUAGUCACACCUGUCACGGUAUUAGUGUUCUGUGGACCAGCGAGGUUGGCAAGUAAUGCCCUUCAGGAGCCUUCAUCCUUUAGAGCAGAUGGUAUUCCUAAUGACAGUAGUGAUAGUGAAGUGGAAGAUAGAACUACCGCCAACCUGGCAGCCUUGAAACUGGACGAGUGGCUCAGUUUCAAACUAGAGCCAGAGGCAGCCAGUUUACUGCUGCAGCUCAGACAGAAGUGGCACAGCUUAUUUCUACGCCGAAUGAGAGCUCCAUCCAAACCUUGGUCUCAAGUUGAUGAAGCUACCAUCAGAGCAAUUAUAGCUGUUCUGAGCACUGAGGAACAGUCUGCAGGUCUACAGCAACCAUCUGGGAUUGGCCAAAGGCCAAGGCCUAUGUCUUCAGAAGAACUUCCCUUGGCUUCAUCUUGGAGGUCAAAUAAUAGUAGAAAAAGUUCAGCAGAUACUGAAUUUUCUGAUGAAUCUACUACUGCAGAAAGAGUAUUGAUGAAAUCUCCAUCUCCAGCUCUACACCCACCUCAGAAGUACAAAGAUCGAGGAAUCCUACAUCCUAAACGAAGUACCGAUGAUCGAUCUGAUCAGUCCUCAGUGAAGUCCACGGACAGCAGCAGUUACCCAAGCCCGUGUGCUAGCCCCUCGCCCCCGUCUUCGGGAAAGGGCUCAAAAUCUCCUUCACCAAGACCGAACAUGCCUGUUCGAUACUUCAUAAUGAAAAGUAGCAAUUUGAGAAACCUGGAAAUUUCUCAACAGAAGGGCAUCUGGUCUACAACCCCUAGCAAUGAGCGGAAGCUAAACCGAGCCUUUUGGGAAAGCAGCAUGGUUUACUUGGUAUUUUCAGUUCAAGGAUCUGGGCACUUCCAGGGAUUUUCUCGGAUGUCUUCUGAGAUAGGAAAGGAGAAGAGCCAGGAUUGGGGUUCAGCGGGGCUCGGCGGAGUAUUUAAGGUGGAGUGGAUACGGAAAGAAAGCCUUCCCUUUCAGUUUGCACACCACUUACUGAAUCCUUGGAAUGACAACAAAAAGGUCCAGAUAAGCCGAGAUGGGCAGGAACUAGAACCUCAGGUUGGCGAACAGUUGCUCCAGUUAUGGGAACGUCUUCCAUUGGGAGAAAAAAGUACAGCUGAUUGAUUCUCAGAUUCUAUUAUACUUGACUGAAUCUAACUGAUGAUGAGGGUAUUUUUCAGAUUGUUUAUCUUUUUUUUCUUUUAGCCCUUGGCUACAAAAGAACAUCAUUCCUAUUCAUAAUACCUGAAUGUGCUGACUUGUAAAAACUGAGGAAAGGUGUGUGUGCUUCUCUGGCUGAGGAUGGUGCAAACCAUUCGUUUCAGACAAAAGACGAAAAGAUGAGUUUAUUUUUUAUAGCAAUCAUAGGGAAUGGUUGUAUAGUUUUGUUAAUUAUAUGUUUAUAAUUGAAUUAAUCACUUAAUUACUUGGUGCAGCAGCAGUUAUUUAAACCAGGUUAACUUGAAAUUAAACGUUUGUUUAAAACACUAGCUUACACCUCUUAUGAUGAAUUUUAGUGCAAAGAAAGUUGUUUACUUUUAAGAAAGUCAUGAAUAUAGCAGUGCAUGUGAGCACCGUUUUAGAAUAGAAGUCAUCUCUAAAGAUUUGUCGUUGAAAAACGAGCAGAAACAACCAAAUUCUAAAAAUGUCUCAUUUCAGAAUAGUGCCUGCCGAUUCAGGACCGUUCAUUCUGCUGUGUUUGACCUUCAAUCCAUUAAGGAAUCUAGGAAGGAUAUUCUUUUUCUGCAAUUAUGAAAUGCAGUAAAAUCUUAAGGAGAUCCAAGUCUCUGAUCAUUUCCGAGGAAGUGCUUGGUUUUAUUCCUGGCCUUGCCUUUGGGUUUGAUGAGGGAUGGUUCCUUGCCUUCUCAGUGAUGCUCUCCAGCCGCUCGGUGUGAGCAUGGCAAUUAGGAACUCUUGUUUUGCCGAGGGAAACCUGAUGUAGACAAGUUAAAAUUUAAACAAAUUACUUAAAUUGAGAAAGUAAUUUUUAGGGCUAGAGAGAGGUUGUACAGCCGGUAGGGCACUUAGCUGCCCAGCACACGGCUGACCUGGGUUUGAUUCCCAGCUUCCCAUAUGGCUCAUAAGCACCUCCAGGAGUAAUUCCUGAGUGCAGAGCCAGCUGUGACCCCUGAGCAUCCCCAGAGCAUGGCCCAAAACGUCAGCGGGAACAGCAACAAAAACUUAAGUAUGUUCAGUAGAAGUGACUUGGUUGCUGUCCGUCUUCCAAACUCUACGGUCCACAGAGCACGAUUCUUAAGUCACCAAUUAUAAUUUUUCUAGUACUUUCUAUCUUUCCGGAUUUGAUUCCUCUUUUGUGCUUAUUUAUACUUGAAUAACUGGGAAGGGGUGAGUUUUUGUAAUCCUGUGGCAGUGCCAGUUCUCACUUUUGCCAUCUCAGAAUUACUUGGUUUGAGCUCUUUUUACCACUGUUGUGAAUAGUUCCCUCAGAAAAUUUUUGAAGGGAACUAGAAGUAAAAGAAAACAAUAACGUGGUUGUUGAGUUUUACAUAGAAAAUUUUGAUAGCAUUUCUUCACAAUACAUUUGGAUCAUCUUUAUAUAUGUGUGUGUAUCUAUACAUAUAUAUACAUACAUACAGGUAUUCAUGUUUAGUUAUAUGUAUAUGUAAACAUGUAUUUAUACAUAAACAUAUGAAUCUAAAUUAACCUUAAAGAAAAAAUGCCUCGUAAAUACACUGCUUUUAUAUUUGAAGACAAAAAAGCAAAAAUCUUGGGUCAGCAUAUAAUUUAACAGAUUCCUUGUACUGUUUUCUGGGAAUGCAUUGUAGAUUGGUGCAUUAGUUUAGAAUGUCAUUUGUGAUUUUUGCCUAAAUUUAUAGUUACUGGGCUUUUUUGUUUUGUUUUAUACUUUGAAAUAUACUUGUAAAUUGAGCCUAUGUGAAUUAUGUUCCACUGUAUGUAUAUUGUACUUAUUUUCCUAUCAGAGCAAUUUGUGUUUUUUGAAAAUGUAUUUUGUUUAUAAAUAUAUUUACCAGUUCACAGUUCUAAAUUUGGAACACAGUUCUAAAUAAGGACUUAAAAAAGAAACCUGUUUUCAUUUCCCUUUGUUUUCUAAUAUUUAGCCCCAUAUGUAAAUGAUAUGUUUGUUAUUUAAAUAUAAUUGAAUGUAAUUAAGAUGCUUUAAAUAUGCUUAUUAAAUGAAAUUCUAUGAAAUUAUUAAAAUCUUGUUAUUUUUAAUACCAUAUGAUAGGACUAAAGUAAUAAUUCUUAAGACACACUGGAGAAUACUUAAUUGAUAUGGAAAGUGAUGAUUUCAUAUUCAUAUAUUUCCUAAAAAAAUUGUUUUAUUACAGCAGAAAAAUGG